CCCUGGCAACACUGGUUUCAACUUAGCAAAUACGCGCCGAUAAAAGAAUGUUUGCAAAAUAAAAGACGAUUUAAUCAACGUUUAAAUAUUCAAACUAAAAGGAAGCGAUACGCAUUCAAUUUUAUCAAAGAGGCCUGAGUUUAUACGCGGCUGUUAAAUCCAGCAGUAGCACCGUAAAGUGGAUUAAUUUGGAACCAAUAAUAAGGAGCAACAGCAGCGUGGCUAGUGCAAUGAAUGAAAAAUUCGGUUUGCCGAAACGCUAUGGAGCUGGUGAAAAAAGUGUUUGGGUUGAAUAUAUUCAACUGGCAGCAGAAUAUAAGCCGGCUGUGAACCUUGGUCAGGGUUUCCCGGACUACCAUGCUCCUGAACAUGUCACGAAGGCGCUUUCCGAGAUCCCUACCAGUGACAACCCACUGCUCAACCAAUAUACCAGGGGAUUUGGUCACCCCAGGCUAGUCCAGAAUCUGUCGAAAGUCUACUCACCAUUAGUCGGAAGAGAGAUCGACCCUUUCAAUGAAAUACUCGUGACUAGCGGUGCUUACGAAGCUUUAUUCUCUGCAAUAUUAGGCCACGUGGACGAAGGCGAUGAGGUGAUAGUGAUUGAGCCGUUCUUCGACUGCUACGACUACAUGAUCAAAUCCGCCGGCGGUAUCCCCAAAUUCAUUGCUUUACAACCGAAAGCCAACGGCGACAACGUGACGUCAGCGGACUGGGUGCUAGACGAGAAAGAACUGGCCUCAUUGUUCAACAGCAAGACGAAGAUGAUCAUAUUGAACACUCCUCACAACCCGCUCGGGAAGGCUUUCACUCAGAAAGAACUUGAAUUGAUCGCCGAUCUGUGCAAGAAACACAAUGUUCUAUGUCUUUCUGAUGAAGUGUAUGAGUGGAUGGUGUACGAGCCCGUCAAGCAUAUUAGGAUCGCUACCUUCCCCGGCAUGUGGGAGCGUACAAUAACGAUUGGCUCGGCGGGCAAGACGUUCUCGGUGACGGGCUGGAAGACUGGCUGGGCGUAUGCGCAUGCGCCGCUCAUGCGCAAUCUACAAGUCGUCCACCAGAACUGCGUGUACACGUGCUGUACCCCCGUGCAGGAAGCGGUGGCCCGGUCAUUCGAGUAUGAGUUGGCGCGCAUCAAUUCACCAGAUUGCUACUUCUACUCGCUGGCGCGCGAGCUACUGCCCAAGAGGGACUUCUUAGUAAAGACCCUGAGGGAGAACGGGUUCAAACCCACGCUACCAGAAGCUGGAUACUUCAUCAUUGCUGACUGGACUAACCUUACAAACAAAAUCGAUCUAUCAGCGGAGCCUGACAAGUACAAAGACUACAAGUUCACGAAGAAGUUGGCCAAGGAGGCGGGCCUGCUGGCCAUCCCACCCACGGCGUUCUACUCAGAGGAGCACAAAUACCUCGGCGAGAACUUUGCUCGGUUCUGUUUUAUAAAGAAAGACGAAAACCUAGUGCUCGCUGAAAAACUUCUCAAGGAAUGGAACGCGAAGAAGAAGUAAAAAGAAAUUCUCAAAAUAGUAAAUGAAUACUUAAAUGUGAUAUACUGCUUGUUAUUUUUUACACUUUAUAUUAUACUCCUGUAUAUAUCGGAACAUUUGUAAAAUGUUUCAUCUGUGAAGUAAUUUUUUCAAAAGACAUUGGAUGUAAAGUCUUGAUUAACUCAUUGUUUUAUUUUGAUACUUUUAUGUUUUAUUCUCUGUUGUCAAAAAUAAACUAUUGUUAUUU